CUUUCGGGCGGGCCGCACGUAAUUUGAACGUCAAAUCCGGAUUUGACAUAAACAGUUGAUAGUUCAGUGUGUUUACGUCAUUGAUUGUGUGCUGGAGUGUCCACAGUGCAAAAACAAAUAUUGUGUUAAACGCUUGGGAUUUACCAAGGUUAGCAGUGUGGUGUUGCAAAAAAAAAAAAAACGAGAGGAUCUUGAUGUUUUUGUACGACUAUCGUCACGCGCUGUGACUUUUUUUUUUGCUGAAACUUACAAAAUUUGCAGUUAUAUAAAGUAAAUCAUAUAAAGCGACAGAGUACUUUCAAUAUUUGUUGAAAGUUCAGUGACUAUAAUUGUGAAAGUAAGAAAAGAUUUUAUUCCUUAUAAACCCUACAGUUCAUGGUGCAAUCAACAAGUGUCAGUGGUUCAGUGUUAAUUUGGAGACCAUUAUUUUAAUAAACCAGUUCAGGAAAUUUGACGAAUAUAUUAAACGUAAUGGAAUGAACAAGAAGAGAAGUAGAACUUCUGAUAUUCUUUGGUGAAAGGCCCAUUUUCCAAAGUGGCGAAGUCCGAGUCUCGUGUACAGUUAGUGGCCGAAGGGGAAGGUGAUGGGUGCUGUUCCUGCGCUGGUAUGAGGAUCGGUGACCUCGGAGGUGUGCUGCUCGAAGCCGCCAAGCUAACCAGAUCUUGGUUUUGCCAAAAACCUGGCUACGGCUUUUCGCAGAAGGUAGACGAAGAGGAGCCAGGCGGCGGGGUUCCGCUGCAUCCACCAGACGGCUUCUACACUCAUCAGCACUCGAUCCACGCGCAUCAUGCCCACACUGAGCCCGACCGAGGGUACAUGGAUGGCAACAGAUACGUCACCGAUGUCCAUCGACCGUUACCAGCUCUAAAUCAUUCGAACUCGUCAUGUUCGUCGGCGUCCAACGCGUCGACGGGCGCGGGUCUUUGCACGGCACAGGAGCCGGCGUCGCAGCUUUACAUUGCCGCGCCGCCGGAGGGCUUCGGCCUCGCCGUUCAUACCAACAGGCGUGGGACAGACGUAUCCAUCAUUGGUACGGCGGGGAUAACACAAAAAGACCCUAGUUUACCCCAGAAAAGGGGUAAACUAACAAGAGGCCGCUAUGAGAUGUCGCAGGAUCUGCUCGAUAAGCAAGUGGAAAUCUUAGAGAGACGGUACGGAGGUCUCCGCGCCCGCAGGGCUGCCGUCACCAUCCAGCGCGCGUUCCGAAGGCGGCAACUGCUCAAGAAGUUCAGCGCGAUCACGGCUAUGGCCAAAGCUGCCGACUCGAAUGCGAGACGGCUACAAGACGGUCCCGAUCACGGUCAAUUAGUCAAUGGUACAGAUAUCUACGCGACUACGUUGCUACAAAAAAGUCCCAGCGGCACAGAAAAGAUGUUAGCUUUGACGAGACCCAUGAGGUCGAUGUCCUUGCGGGAGCGACACGAACCACCCGACAUGGGCAACCACUUGCAAUGCGAUACGCACGACGUAGAAGCCAUGGUUGCUAGAGUUCAGCAGUCGGCUCAUCAGAUCCACAUGAUCGCCACUGAUCUACCGCCCGGGGUCCUUCAUCCGGCUGACGCGGACAGCGGGGUUUGCAGUUGUUCGGUUAGCGGUUCCGUGACAAAUAUAUCGACUUCAUCAUCGCACAAUGAAUCUCUACACAAUCACCAGAUGAUGAAUACUGGUCCGAUCUAUGGAAAUCUACUGUCGUCGGGUGGAAAACCUCUGUCGUCUCCCACCCCCCGGCAGCAACAGCAACUGGCUGCGAUACAAGCUGCGAACGCCAGGAGAAUGCCUCCAGAAGUGCCCAAAAGAACGAGCAGCAUAACUCUAAACGCCGAGAGUCCGGUGUCGCUUAGACGUGCGGAAUGCGGAGCGGUCGUCAGGGGAGGAUCGAUGUCUUCCGUGCAGUCCUCGUCUUCAUCAUCAUCGCAGGAGCAUCGCCAUCACUACCACCAGCCCUACCAGCCCAGGCAGCCAGAGACGCACGUGCACGUCCCAGAGUACCUCAACGCGCGUCCCGGCGUCGUGCUGGAAGGAGAUCGGUACUCCGUUUGGAAGAGACAGGAGGCCGCUCCUUACUACGAAGCCCCCCCGCCCCCGAUGGCUGCGCCCUGCUGCAGGCCACAACAUGAGCACCACCAGCAUCAGCAACCAUUAAAGGUGUCAGAAACUGUCCGAAAACGUCAGUACCGCGUCGGCCUUAACUUGUUCAACAAGAAACCAGAGCGCGGCAUCGCUUAUCUGAUCUCCCGCGGCUUCCUCGAGAACUCGCCGCGGGGCGUGGCGAGGUUCCUCAUUACCAGGAAGGGCCUGAGCAAGCAGAUGAUCGGAGAAUACCUUGGGAACCUGCAGAAUCCAUUCAAUAUGGCAGUUCUGGAAUGCUUCGUAAACGAGCUAGACUUGUCGGGUAUGGCGGUAGACGUUGCUCUGCGCCGGUACCAGGCUCACUUCCGGUUGCCGGGCGAGGCGCAGAAGAUCGAGCGUCUGGUCGAAGCGUUCGCCAGAAGAUACUGCAUCUGCAACACAGAUUUCGUUCAAAGGUUGCGGACUCAGGACACGAUAUUCGUGUUGGCCUUCGCCAUAAUAAUGCUGAACACGGAUUUGCACACUCCGAACCUGAAGCCGGAAGCUCGCAUGUCCUUGGAAGACUUCGUGAAGAACCUUCGCGGCAUCGACGACUGCGGCGACAUCGACAGGGACAUGCUCGCCGGGAUCUACGACAGAGUCAAGGCGAACGAGUUUAGACCCGGCAGCGACCACGUCACGCAGGUGAUGAAAGUGCAAGCGACGAUAGUCGGGAAGAAGCCCCACCUCGCUCUGCCGCACCGCCGCCUCGUCUGCUACUGCAGGUUGUACGAGAUACCUGACAUACACAAGAAGGAGCGACCCGGAGUCCAUCAGAGAGAAGUGUUCCUUUUCAACGAUCUACUCGUGAUCACGAAAAUCUUCAGCAAGAAGAAGUCGUCGGUGACGUACACCUUCCGGCAGUCGUUCCCGCUGUGCGGCAUGGUGGUCAGCCUGUUCUCCGUGCCUCAUUAUCCGUUCGGCAUACGUUUGUCUCGUCGAGUGGACAAUCGUCGCUUGUCUACGUUCAACGCUCGCAACGAGCACGACCGCUGCAAGUUCGCGGAGGACCUUCGCGAGAGCAUCGCCGAGAUGGACGAGAUGGAGGCGAUGAGGAUCGAGGGCGAACUCAACAGGGGGAAGGGAAGGAACACCGGAAACAACGCUAGGAACGUGAUGGAGAACCGAGACAGCGGCGUGGCUGAUGUUGAAAUAGAUCACCAGCAGUGCGUCGACCACGUCCACAUGCACGGCGUGGUGGUUCCUCCUCCGCCCUCGUGUCCGGCACCAGCGGCCCCCUCCAGGCUCUCCUCGAACCCACCGCCCACCAGCAUCAUCAAACGGAACGUGCUCAGCAACUCUCUAGUCGAUAUCAAUGACCCGGUGGCUCUUGCAGCGGAGCGACUCCAGCGGCGCGGGUCGGUGGGGUCCCUGGACAGCGGCAUGUCCGUCUCCUUCCAGCAGGGAAGCAGGAACGCAUUACACGCCACUUCACCGAGACAUCCCACGGAACAACGGUCGCCGGGUCGUUUGUUCGGCGGCAUAUUCCCGGGACGUAUUCGUAAGCUCAGCGCCUCCGGGAUCCCGGACGCGAAGCACGGGCAGGUCGGGAAGAGCACCGAAGUUUGAAGUGCAACGAAAACAUAAUAAUUACAGUAACGAACGAAUCCAUUCGAUUCGGAGCAAUCUUCUGCGAAUUUCCUCUCGUAAUAAUUUGGAAAUAUUGCAUUUUUUUAGGUUUACAGUUCAGAGACAGAUUUUAUUAUGAUUUUUUCAUGAUUAUGCAUGUUUAAUAGCACGCGCUCGAUAAUAUUUCGCGAUUCUCGUGGUCGGCUACAAACGUCGAAUACCUCGAUACGUUUAGUGCCAUCUUGUGUUUUUAUUUUUUUAUUUUCGGAACUACAUUGCUGGUUUUGUUUUGAAAAAUAGGCAAUGUAUCGUUAAAUGCUGUGUCGGUUCUUAAUAUGGAAACAUUUAAUUCAAAAAGAAUUGCUUGCAUUAUUAAAAUUCGAUAAAAUAUAAUGGUUGUCGAUAAAGUCAACGUCAAGAAACAUUUAUCGAUUAAGUCGAUUUUCUAUGUCGAAAACCGGUUUGUAAAUAUUGCUAAAAUUCAUUAGCUUACUAUAAAAGCAAUCGGUUUUAAGGCAAGAUUAAUACAGAAAAGAAUUUGAUGAAUGAUUAUUUCAUGCGCUAUAAGGUGCCAACAUCUCUUUCUGUAGAAAUUAAAAAAAGAUAACUGUAUUUGUAG